GUGUUUCUAAUAGAUUCAGCUCCCUGAGGACGGGGACCAAACCUUUUUUGCCUUUGCAUUCCCAACGCCUCAUACACCUAAUGUAAGACAGGAAUCAGGGAUGAGGAGACCGAAUACUCCCCAGUGAGGAGAUUCAAAGGGGGAGCUUACAUGGGAGCGAAGAUGAUGUCCUUCCAUUUGGACAGACUACAGAGGCUGGCAAGUAUAACAAUACCAAGAGCUACUAUUGACUUAAAGUUCACUAGGUGUUGGGCACUGUGUGUGAAUGAUCUCAUCUGUUGCAAUUUAUGAGGCAUCAAGCCAUUACAAAAUAAGUUCAGUGUGGAGUUGUGGCGUUGACUCUGCUAGUGGAUCUGCUCUGAAGGUCUCGAUGACAGCUGGGACCUGACCGCCUGGAUGGUGAUGGGGCUCCCCCAGGGGGCCGAGCAUGGUGGUUUUCCCUUGGAACCUCCUGGCUUGGGACGUCUGAGAAGAUGCCUGCCAUGAGGCUGUUCACUUGCUUCCUGCAGCUCCUGGCUGGGCUGGCACUGCCCGCUGUGCCCCCCCAGCAGUGGGCCUUGUCUGCUGGGAAUGGCUCAUCAGAGGUGGAAGUGGUGCCCUUCCAGGAGGUGUGGGGCCGCAGCUACUGCCGGGCACUGGAGAGGUUGGUGGACAUCGUGUCAGAGUACCCCGGCGAGGUGGAGCACAUGUUCAGCCCAUCCUGCGUCUCCCUGCUGCGCUGCGCCGGGUGCUGUGGUGACGAGAAUCUGCACUGUGUACCCGCAGAGACCGUCAAUGUUACCAUGCAGCUCCUGAAGAUCCACUCUGAGGACCGGCCCUCCUACGUGGAGCUGACAUUCUCUCAGCACAUCCGUUGCGAGUGCAGGCCUCUGUGGGAGAAGAUGAAGCCAGAAAGGAGGAGACCCAAGGGCAGGGGGAAGAGGAAGAGAGAGAAGCAGAGACCCACAGACUGCCACCUGUGCGGCCAUACUGUUCCCCGGAGCCAGCUGUACCCCUGCUGAAUGACUCGCCCCCUCCACAAUGAGGGGCAUGGAGGGACAGGAGCCUCAGGAAUUCAGUGCCUUAAACAGAACGUGAGAGAAAGAAGGCAGCCCCAGACCCACGUGCGCUGCAGCUGGAGAAGGAGCAAGACCUACGGCUUCGUGAGGGCCCAGCGGGGCCCCAGCGGGUUUCCCUGCCCUGGGAAAGGGAGCGGGAACGGCCGCCGGGUCCCGGGCCUGGGGCUCCGCGUGCACAGGCAGCCCUGGCUUCGGGAGCUCCUGGCCGACCGACGUAGGGGUGGACGGGCCUGCUCUGGAGCCCUGGCCCAGGCUGGGGGGCGGGGGGUGGGAGGCAGGCCGCAGGUGGAGGAGCCCUGGGGUGUCUUCCUCGCCUGGCAGCAGCUGGACUCCCUGCAGGGCCAAAAGCUCCGCUCUGGGGACCGGCGGUUGCCUGGGGGCCUCUGCCCCUGCUUGUCCCCUAGGUCUCUCUCCACGUCUUAAUCACUGCUCGCGCUGGGACAUUGUUCUUUACGGUCAAGGCAUCACCGCCUGCCCCUCUCAGGGACACAGGCAAAGAGGGGGCCUGUCCAUUGAGGCUGGACGUGGAGCCAGCUGCCCCUGACUGCGUCUGACCGCCAAGCCAGAUUCUCUUGAAUAAAGUAUUCUAGUCCGGA